AUGGCUCGUACAUUCUUUCACAAAUUGUUGACAUACAUAUCCUCUGAAGAUGAUAGCGAUGUUGUUCUUAAUGAGGAGGCCGAUGGACAGUCAUCGAGGCAUCGUGACAAUCGCCAACGUGGUAAGUUUAUUCGGCAUGAUCAUAUUCAGGGGCAGAAGCGCCUAUUUCGCUAUUAUUUUGCAGAAAAUUCAGUAUAUCCCUCGAAUCUAUUUCGAAUGAGAUUUCGGAUGAGCUGUCCACUAUAUCUCCGUAUUCUAAAUGAGAUAACUGCAGCACUUAGAAUGAUGGCGUAUGGGGUUACUGGAGAUUUUAUGGAUGAAUACAUAUGUAUUGGUGAAACCACCGCAAUGGAGAGUCUCAAAAAAUUUUCUGAGACAAUAGUAAGUGUUUUUUCAGAUAAAUAUUUGCGGUCUCCAAAUGCCAACGAUAUUACCCGAUUGCUUGUUGUUGCUGAAUAA